AUGGCAAGCUCUCGCACUUUAUCUCUGAUCUUUCUCCUACUUUCUCUCCCGACCUAUCUCUACUUCUAUCUAGACUCCAAGCUCGAAAAUUUUUAUAUUUUCCAGCCUGAUCAAUUGCACAGCCUUUCGCGCAGUGCUAUUGACAUAUACGGCAAUGACACGCGUGCAAUUGUCAAUCACAUUGUUGCGGAGCUGAACGGGGACGAGAUAAAUGGAAAGCACCUGAAUUUGGACGAAGAAUGGAUUUUCAACAAUGCGGGUGGUGCGAUGGGAGCUAUGUACAUCAUUCAUGCCAGCGUCACAGAGUACUUGAUCAUCUUUGGAACCACAAUCGGCACAGAAGGACACACUGGUCGCCAUACAGCGGACGACUACUUCAACAUUCUCACAGGCACCCAGUUGGCGUUUACACCCGGUACCUUUGAACCGGAAGUCUACCCCCCUGGCAGCGUGCAUCAUCUUCAUCGCGGGUCUGUCAAGCAGUACAAGAUGCCCGAGGCCUGCUUUGCUCUCGAGUACGCGCGUGGAUGGAUCCCCCCGAUGCUAUUCUUCGGUUAUGCGGACACAUUCACCAGCACCCUGGACUUUCCAACGUUGUGGCGGACGACCUGGGUUACGGGAAGAGAGAUCGUCUUGAACUUGGCACGCGGGAAACUCUAG